ACAAGCCUGGCGAGGAAAUGUAAGAAGGCUAUACAUACUUGUGUGAUUUUACCAUACAAGAUGUGGAAUAGAAGAAAGCUUGGCAAGAAAUCACACAUGGGAUUGGAAGAGUUAAGGGUACAGCAAAGAGAAAGAGAAACAGCUCUAAGGAAAGCACGAAGAGAACAGCAGCUGAUAAGCAAAAGGUUAUUGCGGGAUCACACUGAUGAUGAGGCAUCUCUGGAAGAAAAUCUGCAGCACCACUACCUCUCCGAGCAGCAGGUUUUACAGCUGAUUAGAGAUAUCCAGCAUGGGACUGCUGACAAGUUAAAGUCUCUAACUGAUCUUCGUCAUGGACUCCGAAAGAAAGACACACAGCUCUCAUUUAUCAGGGUUCGAAGGCAGCAUGCGGGUUUUGAUUGGAUUGUUCACAUGUCAGUUUGCCAAAAUUCAGAUGGAGGCUGCCAGGUGUCUACAUGAACUUUCUCACUCGGAUGACCCAGCUGUGUCCAAAUCGUGUCUGCCAGCUACCUCCUACCUUCUGACAUAUUUAUCAGGAAGCAGUGCAGAGCUCACGGAGCUAUGUUUAUAUACCUUGGGUAACCUUAUUGUGGAAAGUGAGGCAGCAAGGCACCAGUUACUCUUACAAGGAAUUAUUCCUGCCUUUGCGGUGUGCAUGCAGUCUCCUCAUAUGACAGCAUUAGAAGCCACUGGAUAUGCACUUUCUCAGUUAUUGCAAGCAAAAGAAGCUCCUCAGAAUAUAGUUCCAACUGUUCUAGAGGCUGGAAUAGCACAGGACAUACUUAGACUGUUAGCUUCUGAUCCUGAAGAUGGUUUUGGGAUGAUGAUUGAAUUUGCUUGGUGUCUUCAUUACAUUGUCAGCAGGUAUGUGCAUCCAUUAUCAUGGUAUUCUCCCAGCUACCUAAGCAAAGUUUCUAAAGUUGGCCAAACUGAGUGUGUAGAGUGCCUCCUAGGGCUCUUUACUAGC